AUGGCCGCUCACGAUCCUCACGCGACGGACGCCCUGCUCGUCUGCACGGCCUGUGGCACGCAGUUCCCGACCGCCGACCGUGACAAGCUGCCGUCGUGCAUCAUUUGCGACGACCCGCGCCAGUUCACGCCGCCUACCGGGCAGGCGUUCAUCACCAUGGCUGACGUCCGUCGCGACUACCACAAUGUGUUCCACCCAGUGACCAGCGGCGACGAUCGGCUGACAAGCAUCGUCACUGAGCCCAAACUGGCCAUUGGUCAGCGCGCCGUGCUUGUGCGCACGCCCGCCGGGAACAUCCUAUGGGACUGCCUGACGCUCAUCGACGAACUCACGAUUGCGCACAUCCGCAGCCUUGGCGGGCUGCUUGCCAUCGUCAUCUCGCACCCGCACUACUACUCGUCGCACACGGAAUGGGCCGCGGCGUUUGACUGCCCCGUGUACCUGCGUGCCGAGGACCGGGAGUGGGCCGUACAACAGUCACCGCACCAAGUCUUUUGGGAGGGCGACGAUGUGCAACGGGUGCCGGUAGGAGACACGGACGAAGAUGGGACUGACACUGCUGCCCUGGCCAUCCGCUUGGGCGGCCAUUUCCCCGGAAGCCAGGUGCUGUUGUUCGACGGGCACUUGCUCGUGGCCGACACGCUCGUGACGACUCCUGCCGGACGCGGCAGCUGGACCACGGACGCGUUGGGAGCGCCGCGCACGCGACCAGCCGGCAUGAACUCGUUUGCGUUCAUGUGGAGCAUUCCCAACAUGAUCCCGCUGUCGGGCGACGAGGUCUUUGCCAUGUGGGCGAUCCUCAAGCACCAUGACUUUACGAGCACGCACGGCGCUUUUGUGGGCAUGGACAUUGUGGCAGCCGACGUCAAGCAGCGCGUGCUCGACAGCAUGAAGAUUCAGACGAAGUUUGCCGGCUGGGCUCGCCAAGAUGCCUGGGCAAGUGCGUAG